AAAGCCACUUCCUCAAAUGCUGAAGAACUUUACACCGCAGACUUACUGUCCCACCUUUGAAACUUCGGCUGAGAUAAUGUUUAACUCCAAAGCAUGACUUUCGCGUUACUUUGCAGUUGUCCGCGUUUGUAGCCUUGUGGAUAUCGACGCGGUUGUGAUUUGGACGGGUGGUAAUCAGAGAAGCAAUGGUUUCCAUCGCCAAAGUGCUGGUCGGAGUCUUAGGAGCCACGGUGGUCGUUGUAUUGAUAGUGGUGCCCACCGUUAUAUUCUUGAAGGACGAUGGAAACGCCGAGGACAUGAAAACGUUCGGCCUACUGGACGUCUUCAACUCCUCUCUGAAACCAGCGUCCUACAACAUGAAAUGGAUUUCAGAUUACGAGUACCUGCAUAAAGAAAGCGAUGACUCCGUCUCCCUCGUCAACUUGAAAACAAACGUUUCUGAAGUGUUUCUAACAAAAGACAAGUUUAUCGAACACCACGCUUUUGACUACAAGCUGUCUGCUGAUCGCAAAUAUGUUGCCUUCGUGAGCAACUACAAUAAGGUGUGGAGACAUUCGUUCACAGCUUCUUACUCGCUGUAUGAUCGCGAGUCAGGAAAAAAUAUCUCUUCCUCUGGCAUUCCAGAUGUAGUCCAGUACUUUGCAUGGGCCCCAGCAGGGAACAAACUGGCUUAUGUUUGGGACAACAACGUGUUUCUGAAGACCAGCCCCGAGUCACUGCCAAAGCCAAUCACUUCCAAUGGAGAGCCAAACAAGAUAUUAAACGGGAUUCCAGAUUGGGUGUAUGAGGAGGAGAUGUUCUCAUCCAACCAGGGCUUCUGGUGGUCACCUGGGGGGAAGUAUUUGGCAUAUGCUGAAUUCAAUGACACCCUGGUGCACAAUAUUGAGUACCCUUGGUAUGGCGAGGGCCAGUACCCCAGCACUAUUUCAAUUCCUUAUCCUAAGCCAGGUACUCCCAACCCGGUUGUGAAGCUGUUUGUUGUGGACACUGACAACACCACAAUAGUCACAGAAGUUGUUGUUCCAGACUCAUACAAAUCAAUUGAACACUACUUGGCUACCGUUACCUGGGUGACUGACACCCGGAUAGCUGUUCAGUGGUUAAAGAGACAACAGAACCAACUCAUCCUUCAGAUUUAUGACCUUAAUGGAAGCAGCUGGGAUCCUGUUGAGCAUCUGGAGCUGACAAGUCCAGGCUGGAUUGGACGGUUUUCUCCACAAGAGCCAGUUUUUGCGCCUGACGGGAACAGUUACUACCUGAUCAUGACUGAUUCGACGAUGUACAAGCACAUUCAUCAUGUGGUUGGGGGAAAGGCAACACCCAUCUCACCUGGGUACUGGGAAGACAUUGAAAUUCUGAAAGUCAGUGAAGACAGUGUGUAUUAUUCGAACAACGAACAGAACCGCAAUCCAGGAGGGAGGAACAUCUACCAGUGGACGAAAAACAUUAGCUAUAAGUGUCUCACCUGCUCUCUUCAAAAAGAAUGUGAAUAUAACACCGCCUACUUCAGCCACAAUGCUUCUUACUACCGCUUCAGCUGCCACGGUCCCAGAAUUCCACAGCACUUUCUUGUAGAAACUAGCAUUUUUAAAAAGAUCAAGGUUUUGGAGGACAACAAGGUAUUUAGCGAUGCAAUAGCCGACAUCCAGAUGCCCACUAAGCGCCAAGGGACCCUUAAGAUUGGCAAAUAUAAUCUUUGGUAUCAGAUGUAUUUACCCCCAGGCUUUGAUGAGUCCAAGAAGUACCCUUUGCUAAUUGAUGUCUAUGCAGGUCCUUGCAGCCAGUUAGUGGACUCCAGGUACAGAAUAGGCUGGUCCACCUUCCUGGCCAGCACUGAGAAAGUCAUCGUUGCCAGCUUUGACGGAAGAGGAAGCGGUUACCAGGGUGACCAGCUGAUGUUCGAAAUCUACAAACGCCUAGGAACCUCCGAGGUGGAAGACCAGAUAACGGCAGCUAAGGAGUUCAUCAAAAUGGGAUUCAUUGAUAAAGAUAGGAUUGCUAUAUGGGGAUGGUCCUAUGGUGGAUAUGUAUCUUCAAUGGUCUUGGGCUCUAACAGCGGCGUUUUCAAAUGUGGGAUGUCAGUGGCGCCGGUGUCCAAAUGGGAAUAUUAUGACACCAUCUACACAGAGCGCUACAUGAUGCAGCCCUCAGAGAACCGUGACGGAUACAACAACUCCACAGUAAUGGCCAGAGCCAAGAAUUUCCAUUCAGUGCAGUACCUUCUGGUUCACGGAACAGCCGACGAUAAUGUCCACUUCCAGCAGGCUGCUGAGAUCUCAGAAGCCUUGGUAAAUGAGCAGGUGGACUUUGAUGCUAUGUGGUACACGGACAAGGAUCAUGGACUGGAUGGCUUUGCCAACAUGCAUGUCUACAUUCACAUGACUAAAUUCCUGAAAAAAUGCUUUGAAUAAGAUGUUUUCAUUUUCUCAUGUGAAUAAGACAUUGUUGUAAUAAAAACUGUAUUAAAUUAUCAUAUCUCCUCCCUUAGGAGUCCAACCACAAAGUCCUUGCCAAAAUGUAUUUACCAAAUAGAAAGCUAAUGUCCUGAAAGCAGAGAAUAUAAAUAAAGAUGCGCACAGAAAAUACUCACAUACAAAGAAAACCCUUUCUCAUCAGAACAGUAAUGUCAAACAAAAUAUUCCUUCAGAAUGUACGUUUCAGAAACCACACAAACAAAACCUGUAAAACUCAUAAAGGCGUAUGCGGGGUCAGUAAAAAAAAAAAGAGGGUAAAAAAAACAACUUGUAGCAGCUAGCCUGCUGUUAGACUUAUU